UGCUGCGGCAGAACCUCCUCGGCGCGAUCAGCCACGACCCGGAGCGGCGGACUCUCUCUCCGCCGGGGCGAGGCCAGCCCCAAUCCAGGGACCGGGCAGACGCCGCUCCUUCCUGCCUGCCUGCCUGCCUGCCUUCCUUCCUUCCCAACGCUCGGCCGGAGAAGGCGGAGGGCGCUUGUUUACCCGCCGGGGAAGGAAACGGCGGAAAACCGCCUUUUGUCUUGGAAGGAAGCAUCACCUUCGGCGGCGGCGGCGGCCGAUCUUCCCGGACUUUGCUCGCUCCAAGCCUCUUUCGCCCGGACUUCGCCUUCGGGCAACAUGUCUUGAGGGCUGCUGCGGCUAAGAAAAUGCCUCUGGUUGCAGCGGUCCCGGCGGAUGCCUUUGUAUGAUCGCCGCCUUUGGCUCGCCAGCCUCCUUUCGGCGGGUGUGCAGCAGCGCCUGACCCGCGGUGUGAAGCUGCCAACCUGGAAGAUCGGAGCAGCCGAGCCUCGCGGGGUGUUAUCUCCCUCUUUCUCCCCGGGGGCUGGAUCAGCCUGCUGGAUGGUGGCGGCGGCGGCAGCAGCAGCGACGACGUCUACGGCCCCAAUUGCCAAGCGGGAGGCGACCUCCGGGUUAGCGCUGUAGACCGGCGGCGGCGGCGGCUUUCCUUCUUUGCAGGAUCGGGGUGUCCCCGCGGUCCGCCUUUCUCCUGAACUGCCGGUUUGCCUUACAUGUGUCGGAAUAUGCUCAUGAAGGAGUACCGGAUCUGUAUGCCUUUGACAGUUGAGGAGUACAGAAUUGGACAGCUGUACAUGAUCAGUAAACAUAGCCAUGAGCAGAGUGAUCGUGGAGAAGGUGUGGAGGUGGUACAGAAUGAGCCCUAUGAAGAUCCAAACUACGGGAAUGGUCAGCUGACAGAAAAACGGGUCUAUCUGAAUAGCAAACUUCCAAGCUGGGCAAGAGCUGUUGUCCCCAAAAUAUUUUACAUCACAGAGAAGGCAUGGAACUACUACCCAUAUACAAUUACAGAAUACACGUGCUCAUUUUUGCCCAAGUUCUCCAUUCACAUAGAGACCAAAUAUGAGGACAACAAAGGAAGUAAUGAUAAUAUAUUUGAUAAUGAAGCCAAAGAUCCUGACCGAGAAGUCUGCUUCAUUGAUAUUGCUUGUGAUGAAAUUCCUGAGCGCUAUUACAAGGAAUCGGAAGAUCCUAAAUGCUUCAAAUCAGAGAAGACUGGGAGAGGCCUAUUAAAAGAAGGUUGGAGAGAAACGCAAGACCCUAUUAUGUGCUCCUACAAACUUGUAUCUGUGAAAUUUGAAGUAUGGGGACUUCAGACUCGAGUUGAGCAGUUUGUUCACAAGGUGGUCAAAGACAUAUUGCUAAUUGGUCACCGACAAGCAUUUGCAUGGGUGGAUGAGUGGUAUGACAUGACUAUGGAUGAAGUCCGGGAAUUUGAACGAGCAACUCAGGAAGCCACCAACAAGAAAAUUGGAAUCUUCCCUCCUGUGAUAUCCAUCUCGAAUAUCUCCCUUCCCUCUUCGAUCCGCAGUGGUCCUUCUAGUGCUCCAUCUACACCUCUGUCCACAGACGCACCGGAAUUCCUAGCGGUUCCCAAAGAUCGUCCACGGAAAAAGUCUGCCCCAGAAACUCUCACGCUGCCAGAUCCAGAUAAAAAUGCUCUCUAAACCCAGCAUGGCUUUUUUUCCCUUAUGACAAGCUAUGACUGACAGAAUAUCAUUUGCAAAGUUUCAUGGUAAUUGUUUUGAUUUAAACAAAUAUUGAUCUGGAAUCAUGCGUUUCCCAUUCCCCCAUUCCCUUAGGCUUCCCCUGAAACUAGUUAGCUAAAUGCAUGCAAGGUUCAUGUGCUCUGAUUCCCAAACUAAAGCUCUAAGCCAUAUGACAAAUGUUGCUGUCAACCCAGAAUGAAGUAUCUUGUAAAAAAAAAAAAAAAAAGUAAAAGCAGUCUCUUGUAGUGAUGGCUGCAAGCAGAAGAUCUAAAAUUGCAGUGUUGGUGACUGGAGAGGGUUACAGGGAUUUCAUGAAGCUGGCGAGGACAUCCAGAGAGAAUGAGGUUCUCCUUAGCUACAUUUCUCAUUUCAAGCCAUUAUAUCUCCAUUUCUGAAAUCCUUUUUUACUCUCAGGCCGAAUGCACCUUAAAGUAAACCUUGGAACUGCUGAUUCACUGAUCAACACUUGAAUACUAAUAGAUUCAGAUUCCUUUUUACAGAUUACAACUCAGGAUUUGGGUGUAGCUAAUGCACACUUUAAGCUCUUCAAAAAUUAAAGAACCAACGUGCUCUAGCUUUGUCUUAAAUUAUAAUCAUUUCAAGAUCCUAUUUGUAUCUUGCACAAAAAUUUGUAACUCCUUUUUAUUCUGUGCUGUUGUAAAACUUUUCUGUGUUGGUUUUGGGGAACUGGGACCUUUUGAAGGAAGAAAAAUGGAAACGCAAACAAAUAAAAUAGGCUCCAAAGUCGAAAUGGAACAAAUAUAUUCCAAGAAACAAUGCUAUUAUUAAUUCAUAAUUCAAUUCAGGUCUUCUGAGUUCCUAUGAAAUUAAUGAAAGUCAAGAUUGAAAACCCCAUUAAAAAGUCAGCCCAUUUUUUGCAACAUUGUGAGCAGUCAUUCAUCUAUUCAACAACUUGAAGUUUUGCUGAGGGUGUUUAUGCUGGCCUGUUAAAAGAAAAGCAACAGAUUGCAGCAUAAAAUAUGUUAGGCUUACUGUGCAGAUUCUUUCUUUCAUUUUAAAAAUUGUGUUUGUGUGUACGUGCGUGCACACACGCACGUACAGGGUUUUUAGAAUGAAAUGCACAUACAAGAUUUUUAGAAUCUUGCAUAUGCAUAUAUAAAUAUAUGAAAUAGUGAAUACAUUGUAAGUCUGAGCCAUGAAUAAAAUUAAGAAAGAAAACUUGGAGAGAUCCAAACAAUUUUUUGAAAAGAUAUGUCUACCAGUAAGUCUAGUAUAUCAUGCUCAAGAGAGUGAGAAUGAGUACUUUGUCCAAAAGAGGUACUUUUUUUCAAUUAUGCUCAUCAUUAUUACUUCCUUUGAAUACAGGUAGUCCUUGACUUCCAACCAGUUUCUUAGUGAUUGUUCAGGGUUAGGACAGACCAUCUUGAGGAACUUAACUUGACUCCAAGUUCCAACAGCUACCCCCUCCCUCCCCACCACCACUACUGUGGUCACAUGACAGCAUUUCAGCCAUUCAGCAACCAGCCUGCAUGUAUGGCUGUUUGUAGCAUUCCAUAUCCCAUACCAUGUUUUAUUACAUUUUUUGCCAAAAAGUGUCAUUUGCUUCUGUUUUUUAGCAAAACCUACCCAUAGGAAACCAUUGGUUUGCUUAACAACCACCGGUCAUAAAAUCAGGUUAGUCAUGUGGGUGACCACUACACAACUGUCACAAUUUAUGACCAUAACGGGCAGCUCCAUUACAGUUGUAAGUCAAGGACUACCUGUGCAGGCAGCUGAAUUCAAAAGGAAAAGGAAAACUGCUAUAGUUGACAACUUGUUAAGAAACCUUCGUCUAGACUUUGUUUAAGAGCAAAACAGUUAAUGUGGGAAUCUUCUGACAGAAACAAAACAACCUGCCAGCUUCCUGAGCUCCUUCAAUUGUAUUCUUUUCCAACAAUGAAAAUAGAAAUGUUUUUUUUUUGGCUUUUGGCACCCCAGAAAGCGAUAUUAGUUGCACCCAGCCACAUAGUUUGGAGAGACAAAAUAUUGGCCUGCUAAUUCCAUCACCCUUCAGUCUCAGGAAUUAAAGAUACUUCUCCAUAUACAAUUUAGGACACUUGGCAUCUGUUCCUUUCCUUACAAUUCAUUCAGAGUCUAAUUUAGUAAAUGAAGUCAGUAGUUAGCCACAUCUAAAGUAGAAUCAUUUGUGAAAGUGUUAUAAACAUAUAGCAUUAGUACAAGGGAAAUAUAAAAAAUAUAUAUCCAGACCUCAGGGGGGAUAAAUAUAACUUUGAAUAAUAAAAAAAAUCUAGUAAGCACGGCAGCAUGAAUUUUCAUAUGAAAAAUUGUAGCAGACUUAAAUCUCCAAUUAACUCUCAAGUGACUUCUUACUUAAAUUGUACAUACCAAGAGAACUGUUGUUUAGGUUUUAGUCAUAAAAAGGUAGAGUGGGAGAAUAGAAUGCACUAUGUGCAUUUGAAAACUCAAAAUAUGCAGUAGCUCUAAUUCUGUAUUUAAUCCCUCCCCCAAUCAUUUAGCUUCAUGCCUUUUCUUUGUUAUUACUCAAAAUAACCUUUUUCUUGCUCAGCAUUCUGAAGUUCUGUGCGACACUUGUUAAUACCUGUUUUCAUUAUUAUUAUUACAUUUCUAUACAUACAGUUUGAGUUUGUGGCUUUAAGUUAGUAGAAAAUUAUGACAAUUUAUUUAAUUUUAAGCCAAAUGUUGCUCUCCCUGUAUCUGCUGUUAGAAUCUUGCACGGAUUGAUAAGCCAAGACAUCAAAAUCAUUGUGCUGAUUUAUAUUAACUGUCACUUCUUCCUCAAUACUUUGGCUUGGGAAUAAGAUGCUCUCAAUGCUGCAGCAAGAAUUAUUUGUUCAACUUGAUGUGCUAUCCAAAUUGGGUGCUUAAUUAAUAGACAACAUUUGAUUCUUCUGCAUGUCUAAAUGAUGGCUGACACAAUCCAUGUGUCAAUCAGCCUACUCUUUGCUGUUCCUAUAUUUCCAGGAAUUAGCAAAAAUCAAAUGGAUGUUUUUUUCAGCGUACACUCUCAGGCACCUAUGCUUUUCACAAAUUAUUUUACGCUCUUUUGUCACAUUCUGUUUUCCUUCCAUAGAUUUUGUCACUAAGGUAGACAAUUAUCCCAUUUACCUUUCUUUCUUGAUUUUUGUCAUCUGCUUUAAAAAAAAACAUAUUUCUAACACAAGAAUAAUAAUUAAAUUAAAUUUCUAGCAUAUUUUUGGUUGCACUAAUGUGUCUUUUCCAUGGGGAAAAAAGUUUGGCUGAGCUGUAUUGUUGACUUGUCUGAUUUAUUUUGUACAGAAUCUGCUGUAUAUUUUUAGCUAUCUGUUUUUUGUGAGAUCAGACCUGUGGAUGUUUAUCUAUUUGUUUUGUGGAACAAAGUGGCACUUUCAAUAAAGUCUGGUGCAGCAAAGCAAACUGAAGCCAGACUGGGCUUUUGAACCUUAGGCCUGUUCCCCUUUUUCAAUGAGAACAUUUGAUCAUUGCUAAGAAGAGGAAGGAGGACUAUGUUCUGAAAAUGAAUAUACUGCUGGCUUUAAAUUAACCUUUCCUAUCCAAAAAAGGGGCUCCUGAAAUUAUCUGUUUCAAGACCCAUCUUGGACCUCCUAAGCAAAAGAAAAAAAGCUUUUUUAAAGUUUAUUCAUGAGAGUCUCAAGAAGGUUGCUUAAACUUUGUUGUUGAAAACUCUGGUGUAUUUUCAUCAGUAAUGCAAACAAAUCUUUAAAAAUCCAUGUACAAGAAAUGUUCAUGGGGUUAUAUUUGCUAAGAAAGUUUGCAACAAAAGUUGUUAAAUUGCCAUAAAAUAAAUUUGAGUCUAGCUGUUUUUCACAUAUCAGUGUACAUACUGCAAUUGAUGUACGUUUAGAUCAAUUAUUUCAUUUGAAUGAAUAGAAACAGUCUAAUCAAUUUUUAGGUAGAAUCUUCACAAGGUUGUUUUUCUGGGGAAAAUAGGAGAAGGAAGGAGUAUUAGGUAUGUUUGCCACCUUGAAUUAUUCAUAAAAGGUGGGAUAAUAAAUAAAUCAAGUUACUGUUAAUGAGCCCACCUGGAAUGGAAUUGUCUAGAAUAGAAAUGCUCUGGGCAAUUUUUCUUACUGCAGAUUUCUGUUUCAUUGGCAAUGUUUAUUUUUUUAAUGAAACUUUUUAAAAUUUUGUUAAUAGAAAUAAAAAUUGCUCUGCUGUUUUUAUGUGAAUGUGUGUCUUUAAUCACACAUAGGGUUGGAUCCUGAGGUUCUUCUCUAUGAGCGGAAGAAGUCAAAACAAGCUGACCAAAUACCUCAGUUAGCCUUCCCAAUGCUUAGCUGAGGGCCGAUAGUCAAGCAAAAUUCCUCUCAUGCAAUUUUGGGUUGGGAUUUGCUGCACUGGAACUUUAGAACAUGGCUGUUGUUUAAAAGACAUCCAAUGUAUGUACUUCAUGGUAGUUAAAUCAUAAGAUGGGAAGGAUUCAUGAACUUGUCAUUAGGAACUCAUUAAUUACCAUCCUUCAGUGUUCUGUUUUCAUAAAGGCUUGAAGCUAAACUAAUUGUGGGGAAAGGUCUUUUUGUUUGGACGGCAUCAUCUUACAAUUACAAUUGACUAUGGGUUAUUUUAAAAUGUUCCUUCUCGAAAUAAGUUUUUUGUUUUAUUUCUGUGACAAUCUUUGUGACUGAGUGUUGUGUAUAGUAGUGAGGUUUCUGAGGGUUUUUUGUUUUUUUGUUUGUUUUUGGUGAUAAAGGUUAGUGUAAUGAAGGAAGGACCAAAUGCUCCAAGUUACACAAUACAAGACGUGAAUAAAAGAGUCAGUCUCAUGGUUUCCAUACGUACAUAAUUGUUGCUUUUUCAGUUAUUUAUUAUUGUUUGUAAAACUGACUUUUCUUACAUUCUGUUGUAAAUAAACUACAAGCAAUCUUCUUUCCAA